AUGGCUUUCCACCCGGAUGGAGUGUUUGCAUGGAUCAGUGCUAUUGAUGUUCCAAAUGUGAAGGCGCCUGAAACAUGGAAGUUUCAGCUCAUGACAUCCUGGCGCAAGUCUGAUGAUGACGAAAAGAUUGAGACUGCAGAUGUUGGGUUGGCUGAUGUCAAGAUGAGAACCAAAGACUUCGCAGAUCCAUUCCGUAGCGCUAAUGCUUGGAUACCCAAGGGUACCCCUGUAUACACCAACAGAGUGACAUACUGGCAGCCCGUCCCUUGGGACAAUCUUGGUGGAAUGAUGUCUUUAGCAGGCGAUGCUGCUCAUCUAAUGACCUUUCGUCUCACCCAUGCGAUUGCAGACGUGGCAAAAUAUGUCGCUGCCCUUCGAACCAUGAAACUCGAUCAAGAAAAGCUGAAAGAUGCCAUUUGUGAUUAUGAGAACGAGAUAAUCGCGAGGGGAGGAGAAGAGGUCGGAUUGUCAACGAUGAACACUGAGAUGGUUCAUCAAUGGGACAAGCUCAUGCAGUCUCCACUUUUCCAGAAGGGAGCCAAGAGAAUCGCAUAA